AUGAGAACACGCUCCGACCUUUGGGAGGGAUUUAUCUCCUCUGUGUCUCCAACAGAGACUCCUCUGCAGCCCCACGUGUCUGUCCUCACACACUGCCCUCAAGAGUCUGUCCUCACACACUGCCCUCAAGAGUCUGUCCUCACACACUGCCCUCUAGAGUCUGUCCUCACACACUACCCUCAAGAGUCUGUCCUCACACACUGCCCUCAAGAGUCUGUCCUCACACACUGCCCUCAAGAGUCUGUCCUCACACACUGCCCUCUAGAGUCUGUCCUCACACACUACCCUCAAGAGUCUGUCCUCACACACUGCCCUCUAGAGUCUGUCCUCACACACUGCCCUCCAGAGUCUGUCCUCACACACUGCCCUCUAGAGUCUGUCCUCACACACUGCCCUCUAGAGUCUGUCCUCACACACUGCCCUCUAGAGUCUGUCCUCACACACUGCCCUCUAGAGUCUGUCCUCACACACUGCCCUCUAGAGUCUGUCCCUCACACACUGCCCUCUAGAGUCUGUCCUCACACACUACCCUCAAGAGUCUGUCCUCACACACUGCCCUCUAGAGUCUGUCCUCACACACUGCCCUCCAGAGUCUGUCCUCACACACUGCCCUCUAGAGUCUGUCCUCACACACUGCCCUCUAGAGUCUGUCCUCACACACUGCCCUCUAGAGUCUGUCCUCACACACUGCCCUCUAGAGUCUGUCCUCACACACUGCCCUCUAGAGUCUGUCCUCACACACUGCCCUCUAGAGUCUGUCCUCACACACUGCCCUCUAGAGUCUGUCCUCACACACUGCCCUCUAAGAGUCUGCAGAUAUGA